CAGAGUUGAUAUUAGAAAGCGACAAGAAAAAGGCAGAUUUUUCUUUCGAGAAACUCAACAUAAAUUGACAAGACGGGAACGAGCACUGUAAAACGUCGGGGCGGGAAAGAUGAGCAAAGCAUGUUCAGAUGCCCACCCUUCACGUUAGAAAGGGAACUGAGGAAUUCGUCUAUAAGUGGUUCGAAGUGCAGGACAAGCAGACCAGGUGGCCUCCCACUUAGCGCCAGUGUGAAGUGGAUGCCAUUGUCAAACCUGCACAUGGAUGUCCCAAAGAAUCUGACCAGACCGAUGAUAACCACUUCCGAUGAGCCAGACACGUUGUACAAACGCCUGUCCAUUUUAGUGAAGGCCCAUGACAAGGCUGUAUUGGACAGUUAUGAGUACUUUGCUGUGCUUGCUGCUAAAGAACUUGGCAUUUCUAUUAAAGUACACGAACCUCCAAGGAAAAUAGAGCGCUUCACUCUUCUCAAGUCGGUGCACAUCUUCAAGAAGCACAGAGUCCAGUAUGAGAUGAGGACGCUCUACAGAUGUUUGGAGUUAAAACAUUUGACGGGAUGCACAGCCAAUGUCUACCUGGAGUAUAUCCAGCGAAACUUACCUGAAGGGGUGGCCAUGGAAGUUACAAAGACACAGAUACAGCAGUUGCCAGAACACAUCAAGGAGCCGAUGUGGGAAACAAUUCCAAAGGAGAAAGAAGAAAGCAAGCCAUAAGUCUCAGGGCCAGCGGCUGUGCCAGGAUCUGAACUGAGCAUGUGCUCCAUGGAGAGCGCCACAGCCGAGGGGCGUCAGGGCCGCCUGCCCUUGCUCUGUUGGGGCCUCACACCCGGGCAGCCAGGCAGGAGCAGGCUGGUUUUCAGGAAGAGCCACUGUAUCAAGUUCUUUACCCCAGACUGGGCUUGUGCUCCGAUUUGAACAAAUACUAGCCAACUUCUGUAUAACCCGGAACAAAAGAACCAGACUUAAACACUGUGUCCAACUGCUGACUUCUUGUUAGCUUGUGCUAAUUUUAUUUUAUUUUGUUUUUAUUUAUUUAUCCAUCCAUCCAUUCAUUUUUAUUUCUGGAACUCAGAGAGAUCUACCCGCCUCUGCCUCCCAAAUGCUGGAUUAAAAGUGUGUCCACUGUGCCUGGCCGGUUUGUGCUAACUUUAAAUGUUUACUUGUUCAUUUAACAGAAAAUGAUUGUUACCUUUCUCACUCAACAUUUUCAAGUUCCCCAAACAACUGUGGCUAAGUGAAUGCUUGUGGCCUUUCCCCUGUGCAUCCAGCAUGCGCUGCCUGGAGGUGACGGUCAGCACUGUUUCAGAAACCGACCGUGCACCACGACACACACACACACACACACACUCCUGUAGCCCAGAGUCCCGUGGGCCACUGCCCAUGGCCACUGCAGUGAGUCUCUGCUCUCAAGCAAUGAGGUAUCACCUGUCCUGUGAUUCAUUCAUCCGUCAAGCUUUGAUUCAGUGAACUCUGCCCUGAGAAUUGUGGUGAUUACCAGUGAUUAAAUAGAACCAGUGGCUUGGA